UUCAAAAUAAAAUGCAGGACAAGAACCUUCGUAUUCCGCAGCAUAUACAGAUAGAUUCGAUCUCGCCGGCGACUAGGUUGUUGGAGAUGAGGAAGGAUAUGUAUGAAGAGCAGGAGGUGUUUGAGAAGAAGAAGGAAGCGUUUAAGGCUUCGGAGGAUAGUUUUAAGAGGAGAGAGAAUGAGUUAAAAGAUAAAGAUCUCAAAAUUCAAGAGAGUUUGAUCAAAUUCUCGAAGUAUCUGGAGGAAAAUGAAACUAAGAAAGACAAGGCAAACGAGAGAAGGCUUAUCGAAGAGAAUGAGAUUAAGGUCAAGAGUAAGGAAAUUAAGAGUCUUGACGAAAAAUAUAACAAAUUAAAAGAUAAAUAUAACAGAGUCGAACGCAAGGUUGAAGCCAUGAGAGAAUACGAGGAUUUCCUCCAAAAAGUUAAGGACGAAAACCCAGAUGAAUAUAAUGAACUCCAAGACAUUGUCAACAGAUAUAAUACUCUCUACGAAUCUAACCAAAAACUUCAGGCAAGUCUGAAUAAACUAAAUAAGAAGAAAGAGACCAUUAAUGCUAAAAUGGCUAGUUAUAUUAAAGAGAAAAAGACCCAACAAAUGACUAUCACUAAUGAAAUUGGAGGUCUCCAGAAAUACCUAGAGACUAUGGAGAGCCAGAAGUCCAAAAUUCAAUCUUCUAGUGAAGAAAUGAAACAAAAGAGAGUCCAAGGCACCAACGAGAUUGGAAAAAUUAUUUUUAGUAUCGAUAAUCUCUAUGAAAAAGCCAAGACCAGAGUUGACAAAAAGAGUGAGAAGAUGGACGGCAAAGAAAAAACCUUCGAUGAUCUUGAGAAGAGAGGUAUUCAUGCGCUAGAGCAGCUUGAAAAAAUCAAAACAAAUACUCUCUUCAGAGCAGAACUUUGUGAGAGGCUUGCAAAGAGGAAAGAGAAACCUGCUAGAUAAGAAAUUAAUUUUCAAAAUAAAGAAUGCUAAAA